GUUUUCUCUCCACAGUGUCGGCGGGGAAACGUCCCGAUCUCCAUGAACGUGCCUCAGGAGACCAAAGAACAGGGACCGCCCCGCCAGCAGCACCAGAACCUCAACAGGGACCGCCCUGCCAGCAGCACCAGAACCUCAACGGGAACCAGAGUCAGACUGUGGAGCUGCUCGGGAAAGAAGAAAAAAACAUCUUUCAUUUAAAGAGACACAAAAGAAGAGAGAAGUUCUGACGGGUUCUGGUCUUUGUUCAUGGCGGCCGGAGACACGGAGGAACCGCCUGAGACGGGAAGGCCGUCUGCAGGAGGGAACAUGGCGCUCCCGCGCUCCGCCACCGCGCUGAGCACCAUCGCCAUCCAGGCCGGACCAGCCCUGCUGGUGGUCUCUGUCCUCCAGAGUGGGUCUCUGGUCCAUCUACAGCUGGUCCAGGUUCAUCCUGGUCUCUGUGAGAUCGGAUCCAACCAGGAAGAAAACCAGAAUCUGAUCCAGGAGCAACAGCAGCUUAUGGAGAAACUCAAGAAACAUGAGGGGGAAGUUCUCGCUGUGGUGGAAAAAAGGCAACAGACAGAGCCGAUGGUGAAGAGGAGGAGAUGGAGGGAUGAAGGGGCGAUGGCGCACAAGAGGACGAAGAAGCAGGAGGAAGAGCAGGAGGUGCACGAGGCCAUGGUGGCCUCUCUGACGGAGGGAUGGUCGCUGCUGCUCCGCCUGCUGCACAGACGGCAGGAAGUCCUGAGGCUGGCUGCAGACUUCUACCGGCGAGCCGCGGAGUUUGCUGUGAGUCUGGACCUGGUGGAGGAUCAACAGUCCAGACCAGACAUAAUGACUGAGCUCACAUACAACUCCAUGAGGAGAGAGCUUCUGGGUAAAUCUCUGCAGCUUUUAACCAGCAGCUGCUUCCUGCUGCAGAAACUCAGACGGCUGCAGAGGACCGAGGACCUCCAGAGGAGAGGAGGAGCACUGCAGCAGGAGGAGGAGGAGGAGCUGGAGGAGGAGCAGGAGGAGGAGCAGCUCUGGAGCUCCCAGAGCAGCGGGGGGGCGGCCCGGAGGCUGGAGGAGCUGCUGGAGGCGCUGCAGGACCGCAGGAGGACCGCGGACCUGGCCGCCAGGCUGCUGCUCCAAGAGGGGAAGAACUGCAUCAUGGGCCGCGGGGAGGACCCCCAGGACUGGAAGAUCCUGGACCAAGACCUGCUAUCUGGAUCCACAUCAGCAGAGAACGUAGACCUGGAGUCAGAAUCCAGAACUCAACACACCACAGACCUGCAGCCUGGGUCCAGAUCUGAUGUGAGGCCUGGGUCCAGAUCUGACCUCAAGUCAGAUUCUAAAUCAGAGGAGACCAGAUACCUUGAGCCUGGAUCUCAGGCAGACCAGAGACAGGGAUCCAGAUCUGAUGUGAGACCUGGAUCCAGAUUAGAUCUGCAGCCUGGAUUUAGACGAGUGGAGACCGGAAUGUUUAAGUCAGAAUCUAGAUUCGACUUAAAGUCCGGAUCUGAACCAGAAGCCACCAGAAACCUGAAGUCUGGACUCAAAACAAACCUGAUUGUUGAUUCUGGAUCAGACCUCAAGUCAGAUUCUAGAUCAGAGGAGACCAGAGACCUGAAGACUGGAUCCAGGUUAGACCAAAGGCCAGAAUCUAGAUUAGCUGUGAAGCCUAAAUCCAGAUCAGAGGAGACCAGAGGAGACCUCCAGUCCGGGUCCAGAGUGGACCAGACGCCUGGAUCUGGAUCAGAGGAGACCAGAGAGCAGCAGUCUGGAUCCAGUGUGCAGGCAGCGGUGCAGCAGUGCAUGCUGGGUAAGGAGACUGCUGGCGGAGAAGGCCACGCCCACCAACCGCUCCCAACCAAUCGGAGGCUCCAGCUGCUGUCGUCAUGUGACCGGCUGGAGGUCAAGGUCAGCAGCUGGCUGCAGCAGAGCAGCAGCUUGUUGUCUAGCAGCUCUGAAGCAGGACGACAACUUUCUGAGGCCGAACACACUCUGAACACACACCUGCAGCUGAGUGCACAAGCUGAGUCGGCAGGUCAGGACGUAGAGAGCAUGAAGCAGAUCCUGGAUCAGAUCAGGUCCCAGGCUCCCAGAGAGACCAGCAGACAGCUGUCCCCUCUGAGGGCCCUGACAGAGAAGCUGAAGAGAGGCGGGCCGGGCGGAGAGACCAGAACCGGGCUCGGUCCUCCCUCUGCCGACCCCACCGGUCCACAGAGUCCUGAACUCUCGGGUCGAGUGAACCUGGUCCUGAUCGAGCUGCAGGUUCUGAACAAGAGGAUCGACUCAAACCUGGAGCUGCUGCAGCCCUUCGUCUCCUUCCUCCGGACGGCCACGCAGGUACAGAAGGAGAUGGAAGAACUCAAGGAAGUCUACGGGAACAGACUAGAGGAAGAGGAGGAAGAGGAAGAUGGUAGUUUCUGGAAGAAGAAGCAGCAACUGGACGCCUGCUGGCAGGAAACGCUCCAGAAGAUCUCCACCUGUCAGGAACUGGGAGACCACUACGCCCAGAGGGUCUCUACGACACCCGGGGAGUUAAACCGGCAGUCGCUGAUGUCCGUGGUGAAGCAGACGGUGGAGCGACUCGGCAGAAUCAAACAGGAAGUGAACGAGCUGCGGAGUCAGCUCCAAGUCCAGGUCCAGCGGGAGGUGCAGUACUGCAGGAAAUACCAGAAGAGACAUCUCAAGACCCGGCAGGACUUGAACUGUGUCUCUGAGAUGCUGGACUCUUGCACUCUGAUAGAUCUGGGUUCAGCCCUGCAGACCUCUCGGCUGCUGGAGCACUUCAGCAAGGCCAGACCACAUUUUACCCGUCUAGACACCGAGGUGGAGUUCGUGGUGAAGACCUGGGAGACUCUGAGCGUUGUCCAGGACCGGCUGGAGGUGGAGGAGUCGACGGGGGUGAAGGAGGCGGAUCUGUCCGAGCUGCUGAAGCUCCAGGAGAGAGUGAAGAAGAAGAUCCGUCAGUGCGAGUGGAUCCUGGACCUGAGCAGCAGCUUCCACCUCACAGACCAACAGCUGGAGGCGCUGCUCCAGUCGGACCCUGUAACUGGGUCCACUGGGUCCGGGUCCAGCGGUUCCAGUGGACCCAGUGAUGCCGAUCAGAGUCUCCGAGAGAAACAGAUCCAGAAUCUGUUUGAAACGGCUUUGACACUGAGGACCGACAUCUGCUCCGCCCUCACCCACAGCGGUUGGACGUGUUUCGGAGUGGAGCAGCUGGAGACUCGUCUGGUUUCUCUGGACUCUCGUUGUGUCUCGUCUCUCAAUGAAGAGACUCGUCGUCAGGACAAGCUGCUGACCCACCUCCUCAACGAUGACAUCACCCAGCUUCGCGACUCCUUCAAGGAGCUGAAGAAGCGAUUCAGCAACCUGAGGUUCAACUUCCUGAAGAGAAACGACAGGACGAGGAACACCAAGGCCGCCAGGAACCAGCUGCAGCAGGUGGACCUGUACGAGGAGAAGCUGCAGGUGCUCAGUAAACGUCUGCAGGGAGUGGCGGCCCGGCUGGGGUCAGAGGUCAAGGAUGGGGGUGUGGCCAGGGAAGCGGAGGACGCCGUCAACGAGCUGCAGAGACAGAUGGGGGAGUUUGAGAGAAGUGUCAACGAACACCAGAAGACUUUGGAGAUGAUGUGCCGACUGUAUCAAGCCAUGGAGGAAUAUCACUUCUGGUGUGCGGACGCCAGCGCGACGAUCGCUCGUGUCGGGAAGUUUUCCUCCGAGUGUCGCAGCACGGAAGCCGUCUCGGUUCUCUACCGGCAGUUUGAGAAGUUCGUCUGGCCGACGGUUCCUCAGCAGGAGGAGAGGAUCAGUCAGAUCAGUGAGCUGGCGGUCCGGCUGCACGGGGUGGAGGAGGGGCGGCGCUACAUGGAGAAGACGGUCAGUAAACACGCCGAGAUGCUGGAGGCCAUCAGAGAGCUGAGUGAUGGACUGAUGCAGCUGGAGAACAAACUCAAGCUGGAGAGUCUCAACCAGCAGAACAAAGAAGAAGAGAUACAGGAAGAGGAAGAGAAAGAGAGGAAGAUGAAAGAAAACAGAAAGAUGAAGAAGGAGCAGACUGGCAAGGAGGCGGACAUGUCCGAGCUGAAGGAGACAGGCCACACCCCCGAACUGACCACCGAGCAUGAUGGGAAGGAGGUUCCCGUGAAGAGGCAGAGCGCAGCCAAUAAGAAGCCUCCGUUACAGAAGAGCCGCAGUCAGGAGGCAGACAGACAGACUGACAGCCGACAACAGUCUCACAGCGAGAAGCUCACCUCCUCCUACCGCGCCUCCGACUCCUUCAGCCUGUCCUGCUAUCCAGUGGAGCCCAACCGACGGGUCCACACCAUACACAACCAAUCACAGCCUGGCACGCCCCCUCCCUCUGUGAUUGGCCCAAUGUUCUCUGACAUCCAGAGGGAGUUUCAGAAGAAGGAGCGAGUGGUCACGAACAUGACACUGCUUCAGGAUGCAUCUGCGGAGAACCUGUCCGAGGCGCAGCUCCAGCAACAGGAAGUGAUGUCGGACGAUUCUCUCUCCAAUGAUGAAUACGAUUGUGCGUCACCUGACGACAUUUCCCUGCCGCCGCUGGCAGAGACACCAGAGUCCAACAUGGUCCAGUCGGACGUUGAGGAGGGAUUGUGUUUCAGUUCCCACAGCGUCCACAUCAGCCACUCCAGCCACCAGUCCGAGCACAGUGGUACUGGUACCGCUCCUGGAGCAUUCCGACAACAGAGAGAGUCCAGCCGGACACAGAGCUGUCCAACUCCUCCAACCAGCUGGCACAGCAGCACCAGGUUCAAAGCAGAGUCCAGUACGUUUGUCCAGAGUCCGCUGACUGUUCCUGCUAAGAGUCUCCUCACCAGCACUAUGUGCAGCAUCCUGCAGACUGGAAAGACCAGCACAGCCAAUGCCCCCCAGAGUAAUGACCUCUCCCUCGGCUUCCAUGAGCCCGGCUUCCCUUCUGGAUCACACCCAGCCCAGGAGAGCAACCCUCCAGACCGUUGUUCCAACAAGGACCACAAUGUCGCUGAGAAGAGGAGCCCCUCACACAAUGAUCCCUUAUUAAAGGAGCACCACAGUCAGUGCAAUCGGCCUCAGAUGAGUCCAGGUAUCCAGGGUAAGAUCACCCAACAUGUGGCAUCCGAAGGGGAGACCUCACCACAGACUGACCCCAUUGCCCAGGGUGCAGAGCUCAAUCACAGCACCACCCUCCCCCGGUCCAGCUGUUGUCCUCAGCCCUUUGAUGGUCCUGACCGUGAUCUUCACAAAGACAACACCCCUUCACAAGGCACCGGGUUCCUCAAAUGCAGACCUACCUUUCCUCAAAACUUCCCUGAUUCUGACAGUGACCUCCAUCAGGGCAUGAAUUUUUCCAGAACAAGCAAAGAAACAUCCACAGUCUCCAAGCCUCAAAGGGAAGUUCUCACCGACAGCAGCACAGUUACCCAGAAGAUCCUUUUCUUCCAGUCCUCCCCUUCAGACAGUCAUUGCCCCUCAUUUCAGCGUGAGUCCUUGCCACAGAUCGAUCCGAUCCCCCAGCCUCUCACGGACUCUUUUCUCCACAAAGACAGGACCCUUGGGCUCCUCAAAUCCUGCGCACCUUGCCUCCCUAGCACCCCACCCCUCCCUCAGGAUGGAAACGUUGCCCAGUCAACCCUGGAUUCCGGGAGUGCCCUUGAUCAGGAUGUAUCUACCUCCCAAACCAGCAAAGAGACCUCCUCAGUCUUCACGCCCCAAAGCAGCAGCUUAACCACAGCCACGACUGUCAAACACACCGUCGUCUGCCAGACCUCUCCUCCAAGCAGUCAUUGCACCCUGACACAGACUAGCAUUAAUCUCAGGUCCCAACCAGAAAGCCCCUUCUCCCAGAGUAGUGGAGGUAUACCUGAGGUCCAUGCCGCCGUUGUUCCAGAGACAAACAGCAUCAGCGAUUCCAGUGUAUCCGGCAGUAAUAGAUUGAGCAACCAGACAGUGUACUCAUUCAAUGAGUCCUUGACCUCCAGCUGCACCCAGCAGUGUGUGCAUGACCCUGGCAUGACCCCCAGCAGCCCCACAAAGCCCGCUGCACCUCCUUCACCUGAACCAAAGACCCAGGCUUUGGCUCCGCAGGCUAAUCCGCAUGUCACCCCCCUUUUCUCUCCACCCCAUCUACUAACUCUAGACCAAGACCCAAACAUUUGUCAGCCCAUGACCAUCCGUGAGGAGAUCAGGCUUACUCCUCAGAUCCAAGGGCCUCCCCUUCCUGCUCCUCCCCAUGCUGCAUCUGUUUCCCAGGGGAAAUCCUCUAAACUCGGCCCCCCCUGCUUCACCAGGCCCCUGUCUAGAGCUACCGUCAUGGAGGGCUCUCCAGUGACGCUAGAGGUGGAGGUGACCGGAGACCCAGAGCCCAGGCUCACCUGGUGUACAGAUGGAGAGGCGCCGCUUCCCUGUGAGAACGGGAAACACUUCCUGUUCAUCUCCGAGGAGUCAGAUGGCAGGUUGAACCAGCCGGUUCGCGAUGAAGAUGAUGAAGAUGAUGAUGAGUGGCUGCUUGCUCAGGUGUUUGACAUCAUCAGUGUGGACUGGCACACCUGGUUCGGUAUGCUGUGUGUUCUGCUGUGGCUGAUCUACCUGAUUCCCCCCCGCCCGGCCGCCGGCCCCGAGCUCAGUCAGCGUUCCAACCAGCCUGGACGCCUCGGCUGGAGGAACCGCUGUCAGAGGAGAGAAAACGAGACUACGGCGACCACUGUAGUUUUUUCUUUCUUUUUUCCGCGCUUCGGUUCUUCGCCGGUUCUCCGGUUCUCCGUCUGGACUUUGGGACUAAACUUUGUGGAUAAAGAGACUUCCAGGUUCAGAGAAGAACGAGCGCCGCUCCUCCGGGGCCGCCAAGGCAUCCUUGUGCACACAAGGUGCCGACCAACAUGUCGACACAGGCGCCGACGUUCACGCAGCCGCUGCAGAGCGUGGUGGCACUUGAGGGAAGUGCCGCCGCGCUGGAGGCUCAAGUCAGCGGUAAGAACUCGGCCGCCGAGCGGCGUCGCGGUCCUCGCGGUUCUCUCACGGCAGCUGUGGUUCUCCUCUGCAGGUUCUCCGGUUCCUGAGGUGAGCUGGUUCCGCGACGGUCAGGUUCUUUCCGCCGCCGCUCUGCCCGGCAUCCAGAUCUCGUUCAGCGACGGCCGCGCUGUCCUGAGGAUCCCCGCGGUGACCGCCGCUCACAGCGGGAGGUUUUCCAUCAGAGCCACCAACGGAGCGGGACAAGCCACGAGCACCGCGGAGCUGCUCGUCACAGCCGAGACGGCGCCUCCCAACUUCCUCCAGCGGCUGCAGAGCGCCGCGGUGACGCAGGGCAGCCAGGUGAAGCUGGACGUCCGGGUGGCCGGCAUCCCGGAGCCCGUGGUGAAGUUCUACAGAGAGGGAGCCGAGAUCCAGAGCUCGGCCGACUUCGGGAUCCUCCGGGAGGGAGACCUGUACAGCCUGCUGAUCGCAGAGGCCUUCCCAGAGGAUUCUGGGACGUAUUCUGUGACCGCCACCAACAGCAGUGGACGCGCCACCUCCACCUCCGAGCUGCUGGUUCAGGGGGAAGAAGCCGUGCAGAUGAAGACAACCAAGACUAUCGUGUCCUCCCAGAUGUCCGGGGCCCAGAUGUCCGCGGCCCAGAUGGCCCAGAUGUCCCAGAUGUCCACGUCCAAGAUCUCCGUGUCCCAGAUGUCCGGGUCCGCUUCCCAGAUGUCCAUGUCCAAGAUCUCUGGGUCCCAGAUGUCCUCCCAGAUGUCCGCGUCCCAGAUGUCCACAUCCAAGAUCUCCGUGUCCCAGAUGUCCGGGUCCGCUUCUCAGAUGUCCAUGUCCAAGAUCUCUGGGUCCCAGAUGUCCUCCCAGAUGUCCGGGUCCGCGUCCCAAAUAUCCGGAUCUGGAGCCCAGAUGUCUGGAGCCCAGAUGUCCUCCCAGAUGUCCGGAGCCCAGAUGUCUGGAGCCCAGAUGUCCGGAGCCCAGAUGACCGGAGCCCAGAUGUCCGGAGCCCAGAUGACCGGAGCCCAGAUGUCCUCCCAGAUGACUGGAGCCCAGAUGUCCGGAGCCCAGAUGUCUGGAGCCCAGAUGUCCGGAGCCCAGAUGUCCUCCCAGAUGACUGGAGCCCAGAUGUCCGGAGCCCAGAUGACCGGAGCCCAGAUGUCCUCCCAGAUGACUGGAGCCCAGAUGUCCGGAGCCCAGAUGUCUGGAGCCCAGAUGUCCUCCCAGAGGUCCGUGUCCCAGACCAGAGUGCAGAUGGAGAUGCAUGUGGAAGGAGGAGUGAUGACUCAGCAUCUGGCUCAUAAAACGCCCCCCCGGGUUCCCCCGAAGCCGACCUCCAAGUCGCCCUCGGCUGUUUCCAAGGUGGCAGCCGGACGCCAUCAGUCCCCUUCACCUGUUCGCCACGUGAAGGGGCCGACGCCCACACCUGUCAGACCCGUGUCCCCCACCAGCAGACCGUCUGUGUCCCCCAUCAGACCCGUCAAGUCUCCCAUCAUGUCCAGGAAACAGCUCGCCGCGUCUGCCGAGGUCCUGCCCCCGUGGAAGCAGGGGGGCUACGCGUCCGAGGCCAGUUACAUCAGUAUGACUAGUAAAACCAGCAAGACCAGCAUGACCAGCAUGACCAGUGUGAGCAGCGCCACCCAGCUUCACACGGAGAAGCACUGGGAGCAGCAGGUCAGCGGAGCCAGAGAGGCCGAGGGGGGGGUUAAAGCCGAGGCGGUGGCCACGGUGAUGGCCGCCGUGGACCUCGCUCGGGUCCUCCGGCCCGUACAGGCGGAGGGCGGCGCGGCCGAAGAUGACGAGGCUGCCGAGAUGAAGAUGAAGCAGCGGGAAGAGAAACACAUCGUUGCGUCGAUAACGCUUCCCGCCGAGCCGCCGGUGGCCGCCGCGACCUCAGAGCCCCACGGGGUCCAGGUCUCUCAGAUUCAGAGAGAAGCGUCUGCUGCUUCGGCCUCGUCUCCGGCUCCACAUUUCACAGUUUCUAAAGUUUCUGUCCCAAAACAUGAGCCGAGCCCCGAGGUGUCCAUCGCCGGCUCUGCUAUCGCCGCUCUGCAGAAAGGGUUGUCCUCCUCCACUGCUGCCAGGAAGAUCAUCAAGCCCGUCAAGUCUCCCAGUCCGUCUCGCAGGGCGACGGCGGUGGAGGUGCGCUCGAGCGUGGAGCCCCUCCCCCCGCCCUUCAGAGACGCCAGACAGUCUCGGGCGGGUGGAGCUUUGGCAGUGAGUGAGGAGGACUUUGAGGACUGGGAGCCUCAGGAGGCGGCCGCCGUUCCCAUCAGAGCUCCGGAGCCCAUCGUGCCUCCCACUCUUAUCGCUGGCCUGAAGAGCACAAACGUGACGGAGGGCGAGUCGGUGACCCUGGAGUGUCAGAUCAGCGGUCACCCCGCUCCGGGCAUCCUGUGGUUCAGAGAGGACUACAAAAUCGAGAGCUCCAUCGACUUCCAGAUAAGCUACGUCAGCGGGAUCGCCCGGCUGGUGAUCCGUGAGGCGUUCGCCGAAGACAGCGGACGCUUCACCUGCACCGCCACCAGCGAGGCGGGAACCGUCAGCACCUCCUGCUACCUGCUGGUCCAAGUGUCGGAGGAGAUAGAGACCAGAGAGGAAGUGACGAUGGUCACUGGAGUCAGUCAGGAGAAGAGCGUCGUCAUGGAGACAAUGGAGCAGACGGUGGAGGUGGUUUCAGGAGAGGCCGCCGCUCCGUUCUUCAUCAGGAAGCCCACCGUGCAGAAGCUGGUGGAGGGAGGAGGCGUCGUCUUCCAGUGCCAGGUCGGAGGAAACCCCAAACCUCACGUUAUCUGGAAGAAGAGCGGCAUCCCGCUCACCACUGGAUACAGAUACAAAGUUACCUCCAAGAAGGAGACCGGAGAAUGUAAACUAGAGAUCUCCAUGACAUUUGCCGAUGACGCCGGAGAAUACUCCGUCUUCGCGAAGAGUCCGCAGGGCGAGGCCUCGGCCUCUGCCGGCCUGCUGGAGGAAGAGGAAUACGACGCCUACAUGAGGCAACAGGACGUGACGUACACAACCGAAGUGACGACGACGACGACGACGGUGGUCCAGGAGCCCUCUGUGGUCCUGAGUCAGUACGAGAUGGAGCAGAGGAGGCGGACGACCCCCAUGAGCUUCAUCUCAGAAACGGAAUUUCGAAUUUCAGCAUUUGAGGAGAGGAUCAUCCAGGAGGUGGAGCUCCGCAUCAUGAUGAUCUCCUACACGGAGCUGAUGACCGGGGACGGAGAGGUGACGGUGACCGUGGCGGAGGAGGAGGCGGUGCUGCCGGCCUUCAACACGCCAGUCAAAAACUACAGAAUCAUGGACGGAAUGGGCGUCACGUUCCACUGCAAGAUGGCUGGAAACCCACUGCCGAAGAUUGCUUGGUACAAAGACGGACAGCGCAUCAGGGCUGGUGACCAUUACCAGAUGGAGGCUCUUCAGGACGGGCGAGCCAGCCUCCGCCUGCCCGUGGUGCUCCCGGAGGAUGAGGGCGUGUACACCGCCUUCGCCACCAACAUGAAGGGAAACUCCGUCAGCUCUGGGAAGCUCUACGUGGAGCCGUCCGGAGUUGCGACACCUCAGAGGUUCACACCGCAGCCAGCGAUGCAGAGAAUCAGAUCCACAUCUCCUCGCUCUCUGAGCCGCUCACCUGGACGUUCUUCCAGUCGUUCUCCCGGACGUUCUCCGGCCCGCCGACUUGACGAGACGGACGAGGCUCAGCUGGAAAGACUCUACAAGCCUGUUUUCGUCCUGAAACCUACUUCCAUUAAAUGCUCCGAGGGGCAAACUGCCAGAUUCGACCUGAAGGUCGUUGGCAGGCCGAUGCCCGACGCAUUCUGGUUCCAUAAUGGACAACAAGUGAUCAACGACUACACCCACAAGAUAGUGAUCAAAGAGGACGGUACCCAGUCCCUGAUCAUCGUCCCGGCCAUGCCACAGGACUCUGGAGAGUGGACAGUCGUCGCUCAGAACCGAGCCGGACGGAGUUCGGUCUCUGUAACUCUCACAGUUGACGCUCGAGAAAGCCUGACACGCCCUCAGUUCAUUGAGAAGCUGAGGAACAUCAGUGUGAAGCAGGGCACUCUGGUUGAACUGGCCGUCAAAGCCAUUGGAAACCCCCUGCCUGACAUCGUCUGGCUGAAAAACAGUGACAUCAUCACCCCACACAAGCACCCACAAAUCAAGAUUGACGGAGUUAAAGGAGAGGCCAAAUUCCAGAUCCCAUCUUCUGCAGGCUCAGACAGCGCCUGGUACACGGCUACAGCCAUCAACAGGGCUGGCCGAGACACCACUCGCUGCAGGGUCAAUGUUGAGGUGGACUAUGUUGAGCCUGAACCAGAGAGGAAGCUCAUUAUCACCAAAGGAACCUACAAGGCCAAGGAGAUCGCCCCUCCGGAGUUGGAGCCCCUUCAUCUGCGGUAUGGCCAAGAGCAGUGGGAGGAGGGCGACCUGUAUGACAAAGAGAAGCAGCAGAAACCACAGUUCAAGAAGAAGCUGACCUCCAUCAGGAUGAAGCGUUGCGGUCCGGCUCACUUUGAGUGCCGACUGACUCCUAUCGGCGACCCCAGCAUGGUGGCGGAGUGGCUGCACGACGGCAAACCCCUGGACGCCGCUAACAGGCUGCGCAUGGUCAACGAAUUCGGCUUCUGCAGUCUGGACUACGAAGCCGCUUACGCCAGAGACAGCGGCGUCAUAACCUGCAGAGCCACCAACAAGUACGGAGCCGACCAAACCUCGGCCACCCUGGUCGUCAAGGACGAGAAGGGUCUGGUCGAGGAGUCGCAGCUCCCUGAAGGCAGGAGGGGAGCACACCGUAUUGAUGAGAUGGAACGCAUGGCUCAUGAGGGAGGACCCUACGGAGUCACCACUGAUGACGAAUUUGAGAAGACCAAACCCGAGAUAGUCCUCGUUCCUGAACCAGCCAGAGUGCUGCAAGGCGACAUUGCGCGAUUCCGCUGCCGAGUGACCGGCUACCCACUACCCAAGGUCAACUGGUACCUCAACGGACAACUGAUCCGCAAGAGCAAGAGGUACAGGAUUCAUUACGACGGUAUUUACUACUUGGAGAUUGUUGACGUCAAGUCCUACGACUCCGGAGAGGUCAGGCUGGUUGCGGACAAUCCGCUCGGCACCACCGAGCAUACCGUGAAGCUGGAGAUCCAACAGAGAGAGGACUUUAGAACGGUGCUGCGGCGCGCUCCAGAUCAGAAGGCCGCAGACGCUGCACACGACCCCAGCAGAAUGGGAUUCGAUGUUGUGAAGGUCGACCAACCCGGCGAGUCCAUGCAGGACAGGGAGGUGGUCAAGCUGCGUAAGACACAGAGAGUUGUCCACGAGAAAAACUCAGAGGAGUCGGACGAGCUGAAGAACAAGUUCAAGCGCAGGACCGAGGAAGGUUUCUACGAGUCCAUCUCCGCCGUGGAGUUCAGGUCUCGCAAGAGGGACGACUCCUACGAGGAUCUGCUGAAGAAGACUAAGGACGAUCUGCUUCAUCGCUUGAGAGAGAAAGAAGAAGCCGAGAGGAAGAAGUUGGAGGAACAAGGAAAACUCACCAUCCCCACAAUCAAACCGGACCGGGUCCAGCUCUCCCCGAGCAUGGAGGCGCCCAGGAUCCUGGAACGCAUCACGAGCAAGACGGUCACUCCGCCGGAUGAGGUCAACUUCCGCGUCAGAGUCGUCGGCAGACCAGAACCCGAGUGCCAGUGGUACAAGAACGGCAUUCUGGUGGAAAAGUCCGAUCGCAUUUACUGGUACUGGCCUGAGGAUCAGGUGUGUGAACUGGUGAUCAGAGACGUGACGGCAGAGGACUCUGCUAGCAUCAUGGUAAAAGCCGUGAAUGUUGCUGGGGAAGCCUCCAGCCACGCCUUCCUGCUUGUGCAAGCCAAGACGGCGAUCAGUUUUUCCCAAGACUUCACGGACACCAGCGCAAACGAGAAGGACACCAUCGUGACCUUCGAGUGUGAAACCAACGAACCUUUCAUCAAAGUCAAAUGGCUCAAGAACAACAUGGAGAUCUUCUCCGGAGACAAAUACAGGAUGCACUCAGACAGAAAGGUCCACUUCCUGUCCGUGCUGACAAUCGGCAUGAAGGACGACGCCGAAUACUCUUGUGUCAUCGUAGACGACGAGAGCAUCAAGACGAGCGCCAGGCUCCAUGUUGAAGGUACUGCCCUGGAGCUCAUCAACCACAUGGAGAACCUUGAGGUGCCAGAGACUUACUCUGGAGAGUUUGAGGUUGAACUGUCUCGCGAGGACGCCGAGGGCAGCUGGUUCUUCGGGAACAAGGAGCUGUCUCCCAGCAGCAAGUACAUCAUGUCCUCCCGCCGAGGAAGACACACCCUGUCCAUCAGGGAUGUCAGGAAGGGAGACCAGGGGAAGUACAGCUUCGUGUGUGGAGACUUGAAGACCGGCGCCUCACUGAAGAUGAAAGUCCGCCCGGUGACCCUGUUGCUGCCCUUGACCGACCUCACGGUCUGCGAGGGCGACAUCGCUCAGCUGGAGGUCAGGUUCUCCCAGGAGAACGUCGAGGGAACCUGGAUGAAGAACGGCAAUGCCAUCUCUGCCUCGGACCGCGUCCACAUGGUCAUCGACAAGCAGAUCCACAAGCUGCUGUUGGAGAACGUCACCAGAGACGAUGCUGCUUCCUACACAUUCGUGGUUCCCGCCCAAGACAUCUCCACCUCGGGCAAACUCGCUGUUCAAACCAUUGACAUUGUGGGACCACUGAAGGACGUGUCCUCCGUUGAGGGCACCAAGGCGGUCCUGGAGGCCAAGAUCUCUGCUCAGGACGUCAGCUCGGUCAAAUGGUUCCACGACGACAAACAGCUGACGGCCAGCGACAGAGUCCAGCUGGUGGCAAAGGGAGCCAAGCAGCGGUUGGUCUUCACCCGGACCUUCGCUUCUGACCAAGGGCGCUACAAGCUGGUGGUCGGCAAGGUCGACACCAGCUGCAGCCUGACUGUGGAAAAGGUACACAUCGUGAAGCACAUGGAGGACAAAGUGUGCUCGGAGUCCCAGAACGUCACCUUCGACGUUGAAGUGUCACACCCCGGCAUCGACCCCGUCUGGACUUUCAGGAACCAGCAGCUCAAAGCUGGAGCCAAAUACAAAAUGGAGUCCAAGGGCAAGGCCCACUCGCUGACGGUCAUCGACGCCAUGAAGGACGAGGACGGCCAGUACACGUUCCACGCCGGCGAACAGACGUCCAGCGCCAAGCUCACCGUCUCCGGUGGAGCCAUCACUCGGCCCCUGCAGGACGUGACUGUGGCGGAGUCUCAGACGGCCGAGCUGGAGUGCGAAGUCGCUAACGCCAACGCCGAGGGCAAGUGGCUGAAGGACGGCCACCACGUGGACUUCAGCGACAACGUGGUGAGCGAAGUGAACGGGGCCGUCAGGCGCCUCGUCAUCGUCAUCACCAGACCGCAGGACGUCGGAGAGUACACCUACCAGGUGGCCACCUCCAAGACCACCGCCAACCUCAGGGUGGAGGCCGUGAAGAUCAAGAAGACCCUGAGGAACCAGACGGUGACGGAGACCCAGGAGGCCGUGUUCUCGCUGGAGCUCACCCACCUGGACGUGAAGGGCUCCCAGUGGAUCAAGAACGGCGUGGAGCUGCAGAACGGAGACAAGUACCAGAUCAGCUCCGACGGCGGGGUGCAGACGCUGAAGGUCGAGGGCUGCACCACGCAGGACGAGUCCGUCUACUCCUUCAAGCUGGGGAAGCUGUCGGCCAACGCCCGGCUCAGCGUGGAGACCAUCAAAAUCAUCAAGAAGAUAAAGGACGUGACGUCGCUGUUGGACGGCACCGGCUCCUUCGAGUUGAGCCUGUCGCACGACGACAUCGCCGUCAAGUGGAUGUUCAAAGGGGCGGAGCUAAAGUCCAGCGACAAGUGCAAGAUUCUGUCAGAGCGUAAAGCUCACAAGCUGAUCCUACAGAACGUGGACAGCAGCAGCGCGGGAGAGUACAGCGCCGUGGUGGGACACCUGCAGUGCAGCGCCACGCUCACCGUGGAGGCCCUGCGGGUCACCAAACCCCUGAAGAGCGUCGAGGUGCCGGAGACCCAGCUGGCCGAGUUCGAGUGUGAGGUUUCUCACUUCAACGUGCCGUCCACCUGGCUGAGAGACGGCGUGGAGAUCCAGAUGAGCGAGAAGUUCAGGAUCGUGGUCCAGGGAAAACUGCACCAGCUGAAGAUCACCAACACCAGCAGGAACGACGCCGCAGAGUACACCUUCGUCUGCGGGAACGACCGCGUGUCCGCCACGCUCACCGUCAGCGCCGUCCUCAUCACCUCGAUGCUGAAGGACCUGAACGCCCAGGAGAGAGACACCGUCACCUUCGAGGUCACCGUGAACUACGAGGGCGUCACCUACAAGUGGCUGAAGAACGGAGUGGAGGUGAAGUCCUCCGACAGGUGCCAGGUGCGCACCCGGCAGCUCACGCACACGCUCAGCAUCCGGAACGUGCACUUCGGGGACGGAGGGGAGUACCAGUUCGUGGCCGGCUCCGCCGCCUCCUCCGCAAACCUGUUCGUGGAAGCUCGUGUGAUUGAGUUCACCAAGAAGAUCAAAGACAUAAAGAUCACAGAGAAGAAGAAGGCCACCUUCGAGUGCGAGAUCUCUGAGCCCAACACUCAGCUGAUGUGGAUGAAGGACGGCCAGGAGCUGGACCUGUCCGAGCAGAGGUACACGGUGACGGCAGAGAAGUUCGUUCAUCGCCUGAUGAUCCAGACGGUCCGCAUGUCCGACGCCGGCGUGUACUCGGUGGUGGCCGGGUCCAGCGUCUCCAAGGCCCAGCUGACCGUGGAGGGCCGCGACGUCCGCAUCGCCGAACCCGCCGAGCGGCAAAUCACGGUUCUGGAGAAACACAGAGCCACCUUCGAGUUCGAGGUGAACGAGGACGACGUGGAGGGCCGCUGGCUGAGGAACGGGGCGGAGCUCCAGUUCUCGGUGGAGGAGCGGUUCAACUACGUCGCCAUCAGGAAGCUGCACCGCCUCACCAUCUCCGAGACCUACAGGAGCGACGCCGGAGAGUACACCUUCAUCGCCGGCAAGAACCGGAGCACCAUGAACCUGCUCGUCAACAUCCCGGAGCCUCCUCAGAUCCUCCGCCACAUGGAGCCUCAGGCGGUGGAGGCCGGUAAACCCGCUCGCUUCUCCGUGCGGGUGAGCGGCGUUCCUACACCUCAAGUCUGCUGGUUCAAGAACUCCCAGGCUCUGUCGCCGGGCUUCAAGUGCAAGUUCCUCCACGACGGCGACGAGUACUCGCUGCUGCUGAUCGAGGUUUUCCCCGAGGACGUCGCCGUCUACAACUGCGAGGCCAAGAACGACUACGGCGCCGCCACGAGCACCACCACGCUCCACGUGGAAGUGUCCGAGGUGGUUUCUCCGGACUCGGCCGCUACCGUCGCUCCACCUGUCGUUAUGACUCCCAUCAGCAGUACUUCCGCCCGCGAGGGAGAACCGGCUCGCUUCCAGUGCCGAGUCCGAGGAGACGAUGUGACGAUCUGCUGGUUCCACAAGGAGAAGGAGAUCAAGCAGUCGGACUUCUUCCGGAUGUCUCAGUUUGACGACAGCUGCCAGCUGGAGAUCUCCCGCAUUUACCCCGAGGACGAGGGCGAGUACCGCUGCGUGGCCACCAACGCCGCCGGGGCGGCGUCCUGCGCCGCCACGCUCGGCCUGGACGGGGACGAGCGACCCGCCGCGUCCCAGAGUCUCGUCUCCGCCGCCGCCGUCCAAAAACCUUCCGUCGGCCAAAAGCCGCUUUUCGCGCAGCCGCUCGCGAGCCUCUCGGUGGCGCCCGGGGAGGUGGCGCGCUUUCACGCCUGCGUCUCCGGCACGCCGAAGCCCGAGAUCAGCUGGUUCCACAACCGGCGGCCGGUCCGUCCCACCAAGAACGUGGUGUUCCACUUCGACGAGAAGACGAGCAGCGCCGUGCUCAUCAUCGUCGACGCCUUCGCCGAGCACGCCGGCGAGUACACCUGCAGGGCGGCCAACAGCGCCGGGGAGGCCGCCUGCUCGGCCGCCCUCACCGUGACCAACGAAGAAGAAGAAGUGACUCACGUGAGGGAGCACAUCGAAGCCAAGAUCGAGCAAGAAGUCAAAGAACGUUGUAGCACCACCGUCACCACUGUGGAAGAGCAAGAGGAAACCUUCUCCACUGGUGUCCAGUUACCACAGAAAACAAAAACACUUGAACUCAAGCCAGAGGCCAAACGUUACUCUUCCUCUUUAGAGAAGACCAAAGAAAGGCCAGUUUUCCUCAGCCAGCUCGCCCCAGCAGCUGUGACCUCCGGGGAAACGGCCAGGUUUACUGUCACAGUGUCCGGCCUUCCAAAGCCGACCAUUCAAUGGUCUCACAACGGGAAGGUCAUUAAGACCUCCUCCAUUUACAAGCUGGUUGAGCAGAAGGAGGAGUACACACUAGUAAUUACAAAGGUCACAUCCGAGUAUGAGGGAGAGUACUCUUGUACUGCCACCAACAGAUUUGGUCAGACAACAUGGACCACAUACCUGGAGGUGAAAAAGUCAGAUGUUAGCCAGGCGGAGAAAUGGGUUGAGAAGAUGUUCAAGGUCUCUGGUCAACCACCUACUUUCUUAGUUCAGAUCCAACCUGUGAGGUGCUCAGAAGGACGGGAGGUUUCUUUUAAUUACAAAGCCGGUGGUGAUCCAAUCCCUGACGUGAAGUGGUUCAAGGGGGCGUUCCAGAUCCAGCCCAGUAGAAACUGUGUUGUUAUAGCCAACUCAGAUGGAUGUGGCGCCGUCACUAUCAAGAAUGUGAAACAGGAAGAUAGUGGCCUCUACUCAUGUAAGGCCUCCAACCAGUUUGGGGAGGCGUCUUGUAGCGCUGAGCUCGUUGUGUUCAGAGAGUCUAUCUCUGUUACUCACAAACAGCAGCAGCUGACAACUGUUCAGAAGAAGAGCUACAAGGCUUCUAUGACCGAACAAGCUACAGAGUCUCGCUUGUACCAGGUCAGCCUCCCGGGCCAAGACAGAGCCAGAUCAGAUCAGAUGGUUUACACCAUCGGCACUGAGGACCGGCAGAUAAUUCCCAGUGAGCAAGUGGGCUCCCUCGGAGAACUAGAAAUCUCUGCGGCCACUGUCCAUCGCGAGCAGGUGACCCACCAGGCAGCAGUGCUUCAGACUCACGAAGUAGAGGAGAGGGUGGCUGUGGUUCCCACCCGGCCGCCUCAGGUCUCGACUGUUCCCGUGAAGCAGCUUCACACGGCGGCCUUUACGUCGUCUGUUGAAGAGAGCCAGGGCCUCACAGAGCAGCACUGCGACCGCAUUCAAAGCCCAGAGGUCGUUGAGCUUCAGGCAGCGAGAGAAAAGAGGUUGAUGGUGAUGUCUGCUGUUGCUGAGGAGUUCACCCCAUUGUCAACUGUUAGCACAGAGCUUCUGGCCGCCAAGAAGUCUGCUACCGUCAGGACCACUUCAGAGCCUAAACAUCUCAUCAGUGGGCAUCAAGUCGAGUCACAACUGCCCAUCCUCAGGGAGGAGUCUCAGGAUAUCCCCAAACCACAGCAGGAGAAGGGUUAUCAGGUCAAAGAAGGUGUUAAGAUUUUAUACUCGGCCCAGUCUGCAGAGAAACGAGUGCUUGCUGAGGGACACACAACUGAACUAGCGACAGCAGACUCUGCUGUGAAGUCCUCUGUAGCGAAAGAACAGCACCGACCUGUCUUGGCCUCAGUCAGCGAGUCUAAACAGACUCUUUCCAAGGAGACUAAGUUAUCCAUGACUAGGCCCACUGAGGAGACAGCCCAUCUCUGCAAGGAUAGAGUGACAAAUGUGGCUCUAACUAAUGAAGAGAAACACAUGAUGCAGGCUGAGCCUACUCAGCAGCUGCCAAGUCUGGACAGUGCCAUGUCCAUUCAGUCCCAGGUAGAAGGGGAGCAGUUGUUGCACUUGCAGGUGAUCACAGACCAGGACCUCCUUCCAUCUGAGAGUAGCUUCACCUGUGAGAAACCAGCACCAGAGCAGGCAGGAGCCAGGAAGAGCCCCACUCUGCUGCACACUGUUAUCCAGGACGAGCAGAGGACAGUAGUUUAUGAGGACACGUCAGAGUUUGAGGCCAAGGCUAGCACCAUGACUAUCCAGCCCCAGAAAGAGGCUCCUACUCUGCUGCAUCUCCAGUCAUCCCAACCUUUAGAGGCGCUACCCAAAGAGGGUAUUCUCAUCAUCGAGAAGCCUGACCAGCAGGUGGCAGCGCAGAAACAAGAAAAGACAAGGAGGCACGCAGCCACCUCGGAGGAGAGAAGGGAGCUCACAGCAGAUUAUCAUACAGAGCUGGAUCUGUCCGUGACGGGCAUUCAGUCUCGGCUUCGGACCGAGCCCAGGCUUCAAAACAUCCUCCAGCUCUCCUUCCAGCCCAUGCAGCUGCCGAAGGAGACGCCGAUUACCUCCGACAUCAAGCAACAGCGAGCUUUGGUGCAGAAGGAGGAUCGCUUGAACACGAUGCAUGUUCUUAGUGUGGCCGACAGCCAGGCCUUACUGGAGGGCCACACCGAGAGUCUGGCAUCUGUGGAUAAAUUCACCUGCCAGAUGGCGGUAGAGCCAAAACUUCCCACAGAGCCAAUCCAAAUUGAGGAAAAGGAGAUCUCCACUGAGAGUAGUGUCCUUUUAGAGGCAGCAGAGCAGGACUUUGCCGUUCAGAUCCAGGAAGGACAGUCGGUCAGGCAGUCUAUAGUGAUGGACGAGAAGCGAGUGCUGACUGGUGAGCUCUCUCAGGAGAUCACCAAGUCUCAAUCCACUCAAGUCGUCGUCACCACACAGCCGAAAAUGGCCCUUAUGGUAUCUGAGUCGAAAGACAGCACAGCUCUUCCCAAAGAGAUGACCUUUGUGAUUCAGAUCCCGAAACCCUUCAGUCUGAAUAUUCGGCGACAGCUCAGAGACGCUCUUCAGUCUGCUACAGCCAGCGACCAGCCGGUGUUACUGGCUGACGUGGUGGGACGGUUGCAGCCUGUAGAGGUUCAGGAAGUCAAGGUUCAAAGAGAGCCCAAAAGGGCCAUGUUUACAUACCUGAUCACAACAACUGGCGCCCCCAUGGAGAUCACUCUGGCCUUUGAGGGUAAAUACCCUCAGACAGCUGACCUCAGGACUGAACUACAAGCAGCUUUCCAAUCCAUAGUUUACCGGGAAGCCCAUGUUCUUACCUCAGAACAGCCGGGCACCAUGCAGCUAGACAAACCUCAGAGGGCGCAGGUCGCCUCGGCCCGCUCUGAGCAAUUGCAGUCGUCCACGGUAGAGACUGUGAGCGUGGCGGAGAGUGCAGUGGACUUCACUGCUGUUAGAGCUCAGGCGGCUGCUCUCAAGACGGAGACUAAAAUGGCAGUUGAAUGUGCUGCCACUCAGCAACAGCUUGUGGUGCAGGAGUCCAAGACCGCAAUGAUGGAACAGUCCAUCUCAUCCCAGAUCAAAGUCUCCACGGAGUCUCGCAUGUCUUUUGAGCAAUCGGUGCAGGUAUCGAGGCAGGAGGUAAGGUCAGUGACGGUAAAAAGUGCAGAGAAAGACACAGGUGCAGCAUUUGUUACCACCACCCUCCCCCUCACCACCAUUCCCAACGAGGAGGUGGUGGAUGUCAGUAUCCAGAAGGAGCACAUGGAGGAGAUCUUUAAAGAGGAGAUCACAGUAGCCAGGGCAGAACAGAGAGAAUGCCCUGUAAUAGUCACAUCCCUCAAAGACUUAUCCUUCGACGAGGAUAGUAAGAUUACCUUUAGCACCACCAUUAAGUACGUCACAAAGGUAAACUGGUUUUUCAAUGGGCAAUUGGUGAAAUCUGGCAAAGAGUUCAAGUGUUCUAAAAACCACGACACGUACACACUGGUUAUCGACAAAGUUGUCAAGGAGAGGCAUCAAGGAGAAUAUGUUUGUGAGGCUGAGAAUGAAGCCGGCAAGACGACAACAUCAUCAAGACUCACUGUAGUCUCAAGAGUGCCACCUGUCUUUAGGCUGAAAAUCCUCCCUCUGGAGAUCAACAUCGGCGGCCAAGCCAAGUUCGAAUGUAAAAUCGACGACGCUCCAAGUGUGACCUUCAAAUGGUACAAGUCUGGCAUUGAGAUCAAACAGAGCGAGAAGUUCAGGAUCCUCAGCAGCCACAGCGUUUCCUCCUUGGAGCUCCUGAACCCGAUCAAAGCCGACAGCAAUGAAUACACCUGCAAGGCUUCCAACCUGCACGGCACUGACAGCUGCACCGCCAUGCUCACCGUCACUGAAAUGUACCCGCCGGUAUUUGUAUCAAAACCAGACCCAAUGACUUUAUUCGUGGGCAAACAAGCUCUGCUCCAGUGUUCGCUCACUGGAUCCUCACCCAUGGAAGUCGUCUGGCACAAGGACAACAUAGCCGUCUCCGAAGGGAACUAUGUCGUGAAAUUUGAAAAGAACAAGUAUUCCCUUCUCAUUAAGACUCUUGAGCUGACUAAUCAGGGAGUGUACCUGUGCAAGGCCUCCAACAGUGUUGGCACUGCAACCUUUACCACAGAGCUCAAGGUUAUCAACAAGCCCAGCUUUGUUAAGACCGUUGAGCCGGUGGCCGCUGCCGUCAAUGACCCGCUGAGGCUGGAGUGCCAGGUGGACGAGGACACUGGUGUGACCGUCACCUGGACCAGGGAUGGCAAGAAAGUCCACCAGAGCAUGGAGUGCAAACUGUCCUUUGAGGACAAAGUGGCCGUUGUUGACAUUCCCAAGUCCAAACAGAAGGACUCUGGAAACUAUGUGUGCACGGCCACGAAUGAGGCCGGCAGCUCGUCCUGUGAGGCUGUGAUAACUGUUCAAGAGCCCCCUGCCUUUGUUAGGAAGUUGGAACCCGUGAUUACGUGGAAACAAGGUAUAGCUGCACGCUUGCAGUGCACCGUCAAAGGAUCGCCCGAACUUCACAUCCAUUGGUUCUGGAAUGAGAGAGAGCUUGUUGAUGGAGACAAAUAUAAAAUCUCUUUCAAGAGCGGAGUUGCCUCUUUGGAGAUAAUAAACCUUGUGGUCACAGACAGUGGGAGUUACACCUGCGAGGUGUCAAAUAACGCCGGCAGCGAGAGCUGCAACACUCUUAUAGCCGUCAAAGAGCCACCAUCAAUUAGAAAAGAGCUGCAGACUCUAGAGGCGGUGAAGGGAGCAGCUACUCAGCUGGAGUGUCAGAUCACAGGAACAGCUCCUUUUGAAAUCAGCUGGUUGAAAAAUAAGAAAGCCAUCUCCAGCGAUCAGAAGUAUAAAAUAGUCGUCGAAGACACCUUGUCAAGGCUGGAGAUUCAGCCCUUUGAGAGUGCAGAUGUUGGAGAUUAUCAGUGUGUCAUAUCCAAUGAUGUGGGCAAAGUCAUCACAAAGGCCCUCGCUAAGCUUAAAGAGCCGCCAACCUUCUCCAAGAGAGUUGAGAGUGUUACAGCAGUGUUGGGUAAUACAAUGAAACUACAGGGGACCCUUAAGGGCUCGCCUCCCAUCUCUGUCAAAUGGACAAAAGACUCUGAAAUACUGAGAGAUGACGAUUCAAAUAUCAAGAUGGCGUUUGAGAACAACGUUGCUAGCUUGUCCAUAACAGCAGUGGCCAUCAGCCACGGCGGCAAGUAUUCGUGCCAAGCCGAGAACGAGGCUGGCCAACAGAAAUGCGAAGCGACCUUGACCGUGCAAGAACCUGCCAGAAUCGUAGAACCUGCAGAGUCCAUCAGUGUGACGGCAGGAGAUUCUGCCACGUUGGAGUGCACGUUCUCUGGAAGCCCAGAACUCAAAGUGAAGUGGUUCAAAGACGGCAAAGAGAUGAUCAGCGGCCGUAAAUACAAGAUGACCGUGAAAGACAAUAUUGCCACCAUGAAGAUUCUUACGGCAGAAAGAGGAGACACCUCAGAGUACAAGAUGGAGGUGUCGAAUAAAGUGGGGAAAGACCAGUGCACAUGCUCUGUCUCCAUCUUAGAUCGGAUAAUGCCUCCAACUUUCACCAAGUCCCUGAAAAGGGUUGAUGGUAACUUUGGUUAUGACGUCUCCAUGGAUAGUAAAGUGUCUGGGUCCCAACCCAUGACCAUAGCGUGGUUCAAAGACGACAAGGAGAUCACGUCUGGGUCCAAAUUCCAGCCUGAAUUCAAAGACAGCUCUGCUACGCUGAGAAUUAUACGGCUGGAGAAAGCCGACUCUGGAGUUUACAAAUGCAGAGCCACCAACUCAGCUGGCUUUAAGGAAACCAGCGGCACGCUCUAUGUCAAAGAGCCCCCAGUGUUCACAGUGACACCUGACAACCAGGAUGUUAUACCAGGAACCACAUUGUGCUUCAGAACAGCCUUCACUGGAACAGCUCCUCUGGUUGUGAAGUGGUUCAGAGAGGAGAAAGAGAUUGUAUCUCAAGGCUCAUAUUUCAUAAAGAAAGAUGCCUCUUCCAGCUCUCUGGAGCUUCACUCUGUGAAACCCAGUGACUCCUCCAAGUACACAUGCCAAGUGUCCAAUGAUGCUGGGAAGGUGGAUUGCACCGCAGUCCUCUUUGUGAAAGAACCUCCCGUGUUCGUAAGGAAGCUUGAGGCGACCAAGCUCAUCACCAGCGGUGGAAACGCCAAGCUGGAGUGCAAAGUGACGGGCAGCCCCGUCGUCAGUUUCAAAUGGUUCAAGGACGAGAUGGAGAUCAGCUCCAGUCCUAAAUACUCGAUGGGCUUGAUUGACUUAGUGGCGUCUCUGGAAAUAGUCGACUGUGCAGUCGCGGAUAGCGGCGAGUAUGUCUGUAUGGCGUCCAGCGAGGCCGGUAGUGACCGCUGCAGCAGCAGCGUUACAGUCAAAGCGCCGCCAUUGUUUGUGCGUAGCAUGGAGCCCAAAGAUGUGGUCAAAGGUUCUGAGAUGAUGCUGGAGGGCCAGGUCUCUGGCUCCGCCCCUUUCACAGUAUCAUUUUAUAAGAACACAAAGCUGAUCAGGAAUGACAAGAGACACAGGAUCACGGUGACAGACGACCUGAUAGCACUGCAGGUGCUGGCAGCAGAGGCGGGAGAUGUGGGCGUGUACCAGUGUACUGUUGAGAAUGAAGUGGGGAAGGCCGCCUGUGAUUGUCAAGUAACACUCAAAGAACCGCCAUCAUUUGUGAGAAAGCUAGAGAACCUCAGCUCCUUGGUGGGCAGUGAGGUUUCUCUGCAGUGCACCCUGAAGGGCUCCGAGCCCAUGACUUUGUCCUGGACCAAAGACAACCACGAGCUCAAAGAGGCUGAACACGUUCAGAUCACAUACGAGAACAACACAGCUCUGCUGCGCGUCACCAACUUACAGGCCAAACAUGGCGGCAAAUACUCGUGCCAGGCGCAGAACCAGGCCGGGAGCCAGGCGUGCUCGUCUGUGUUGACCGUCAAAGAGCCGGCUAAGGUCACGGAGGAGGCCAAGUCCAUCAGUGUGACUCAGGGGGAUCCGGCCACGCUGGAGGCCCGGUUCUCAGGCACAACACCGUUGAAGGCCAGAUGGCUUCUGGCGGGCAAGGAGCUGACCUCAGGCCAGAGAUAUAAAGUGCAAUGCACAGACACCAGCUCUGUGCUCAAGAUUAUUAAAACUGAGAAAAGCGACAGUGGGGACUACACCUUUGAGGUUUCCAACGAUGUCGGCCAGAGUUCUUGCGAGGCCACCCUUACCGUUCUCGAUCAAAUAAUUCCACCAUCAUUUACAAGAAAGCUGAAGCAGACGGAAGGUAUCAAAGCAUCGUUUGCUCAUCUGGAGUGUCUGGUUUCCGGCUCCCUGCCGAUAACCGUACAGUGGUUCAAAGCAGAGAAAGAGAUCCAGGCCGAUGAGAAACACAAAUGCACAUUCUUUGAGAAUGUUGCUUUCCUGGAAAUCUCUAACCUUGAGAGUAAAGACAGCGGCAGCUACACCUGCAUCGCUAACAACAGAGCAGGAACCGUCCAGUGCUCCGGGAACUUGUUGGUCAAAGAACCACCAUGUAUUCUUGAAAAGCCCGAUUCCAUGAAUGUGUUGCCUGGCUCCAAAGUCCAGUUUAACGUACUGGUGUCUGGCACGCUGCCACUGACCACCAAGUGGUUUAAAAACAAGAAGGAGAUUUUCUCCAGUGCUGACUGCUCUGUGGUCAAAGACAACAUCUCCACCUCACUGGAGCUCUUCUUUGCUAAAACCUCUGAUUCUGGAGAGUACGUCUGUGAAGUACAGAACGACGUGGGCUCCACUUCAUGCCGGGCAACGCUCUUUGUCAAAGAGCCCCCUAAGUUCACACGAACCCCGGCUCGAAUGUCCGUGGUCCGUCCCGGUCAGAGUAAAGUGUUUGAGUGCCAGGUGACCGGCACACCGGAAAUAGACAUCUACUGGUUCAAGGAAGGCUCUGAGAUCAGCACCAGCGAUCGGUACAAGUUGGUCUUUGUUAACUCUGUGGCCGUGCUGGAAAUCUGUGGGGCUGAUACCAAAGACACUGGGCUUUACUACUGCGAGGCUCGCAAUGAGGCCGGCAGUGAGAGCUGCAGCAUGGAGCUCAAGGUCAAAGAACCACCAUCAUUUAUUAAAGAGUUGGCUCCAGCUGAUGUCGUGAAGGCCUCUAGUGCCUGUUUUGAGUGUCAGGUAGCUGGGACGGGUCCUUUUGAGAUAACGUGGCACAAAGAUGCAAAGGAGAUCAAACCCAGUGCCAAACACGGCUUCUCCCAGAUGACCGACACUGUGGGUCUAGAGGUGCACAAAUGUGAGGUCGUAGAUGUCGGUGAAUACCAGUGUACUGUUGCUAAUGAGGUGGGAAGCUGUACUUGUAAGACUACCCUCAACCUCAAAGAACCACCAACAUUCACCAAGAGGAUUGAGAACACUUCCACUGUUCUGGGUAAAGUGGCAGAGUUUCAGUGUGUUGUGGCGGGUUCUCCCACUCUCUCCGUGCAAUGGCAAAAAGAUGAGAACUGGAUUUUGGAGGAUCCAAAGAUUGAGAGAACAUUUGAGAACAAUGUGGCCACUCUCAGGGUUCCCGCCUGCGAGCUGACACACAGCGGGAAAUACACCUGCCAGGUGGUAAAUGAAGCCGGAAAGGAUAAGUGCUUUGCCACCCUGACGGUGCAAGAACCUCCUCAGAUCACAGAGAAACCUGAAGAGAUAAAGGUUACAUUGGGAGAUCCAGUCAGUCUGGACUGUAAGGUGACAGGCUCACCUGAGCUCAAAGUGAAAUGGAUGAAGGAUGGCAAAGAGCUUCAGUCCAUCAGACAGCACAAGCUGAUCUUUGAGAACAACAUCAGCAGCCUAAAGCUUCAGUCGGCUCAGAAGGAGGACGGAGGAGAGUACAUCUUUGUGGUGGAAAACCACAUCAGUAGCUGCACCUGCAAAGUCAAAGUGAUCGUUUUAGAACAAGUAAUUGCCCCGAGCUUCAUCAAACCCCUGGUAGACAUGCAGGAGAUAUUGGGCUCCUUUGUUCAGAUAUGUUGCAAAAUAUCUGGUUCCCUCCCGAUCUCUGUGGAAUGGCAAAAAGAUGGGAACAAAAUCUCCAGUGGAGUGAAACACAAACUGAUUCAACAGGACAAUUCAGUGUCCAUUGAAAUCGAACAGCUGGAGAGAUCCGAUGCAGGAUCCUAUGCUUGCAAACUGACCAAUGCAGCGGGAUGUUGUGGAUGCAGUGGAUCUGUCAUGGUCAAAGAACCUCCCAGCUUUGUGACGUUGCCUGAGUCCCAGGCGGCUCUACCAAAUGGAACCGUACGCUUCAAAGGCGCAUUUAAGGGAACGCCUCCUUUCACGGUCAAAUGGUUCAAGGAGGACUCGGAGCUCAUGACCGGGCCCACUUGUUUCACAGGGCUGGAGGGCCUGUCUUGCUUCUUAGAUCUCUAUUCAGUGGGCAUCACCCAGAGUGGAGUCUACUCUUGCCAAGUCAGUAAUGACGCUGGCUCUGUGCGCUGCAGUGCAGACUUGACAGUCAAAGAACCACCUGAGUUUGUGCUGAAACUCCCUGCCGUUAAGUUUGUGAAGCAGGAUGAGUCUCUCCGACUGGAGUGCAGAGUCAGUGGCACUGCCCCUCUGAAAGUGACUUGGUACAAACAGGACAUCAAGGUCACGGAUGGGGGCAACUACAAGACCUCAUUUGUUGACUCAGUAGCAGUCCUGGAACUGCUCUCUGCCAGCUUUGAUGAUGAGGGAGUUUACACCUGUGAAGCUCAGAACGAUGCUGGCAGUGUCAGCUGCAGCACCACACUUACCGUUAAAGACCCCCCAUCUUUUGUCAAAGUACUUCAGCCCGCUGAAGGGCUAAAGGGUAAGGACGUGAGUCUGUACUGCGAGAUGAGCGGUACAGCUCCGUUCCAGAUCACCUGGUUCAAAGACAAGAAACCUCUGAUGGAGAGCAGGAAGUAUAAGAUGGUGAGCGAGGGCACUUCGGCUACGCUUCAUGUCAUUGGGAUAGAGUCCUUGGAUGCCGGCGAAUACGAGUGCAAAGUGUCAAACAGUGUAGGAAGUGACACCUGCAAGACGUCAGUUAAGCUCAGAGAGCCGCCGUCAUUUGUGAAGAAACUGUCAAAGAUGACGGUGAUACUGGGAGAGGAGGUGACCCUUGUGGCCAAUGUUAAAGGCUCUGAACCCAUUACUGUGUCCUGGGUUCAAGACAAGGAUCACAUUCUCAGGGACGGUGACAACAGGAAAAUCACCUUUGAGAACAACAAGGUCGCUCUUAAAGUAUUUAAGGCUGAUGCAACCACGGCAGGCAAUUACACAUGCCAACUCCGAAAUGAUGCUGGGAGUGUGGAGUGUUUCGCUAACUUGACUGUUCUAGAACCUGCUAAGAUAGUGGACAAGCCCGACGCUCUGAGCGUGACGGCAGGUGACAUGGCCGCCCUGGAGGUCAAAGUGUGUGGAACCCCCGAGCUGACGCCAAAGUGGUUCAAGGAUGGUGUCGAGCUGGCUUCCGGGAGGAAGUACAAGAUCUCCUUUUCGCAGAUGAUUUCAAGCCUGAACGUCCUUUCUGCUGAGAAGGUGGACUCGGGAGAAUAUACAUUCGAGGUCAUGAACGAGGUCGGGAAGGAUCUGAGUAAAAUUAACCUCACAGUUUUAGAUAAGAUCAUACCCCCGACAUUCUCCAGGAAGUUGAAGGAUUGCAACGCGGUCAUCGGAGCAGCUGGAGAGAUGGAGUGCAAAGUGUCGGGCUCCCCGCCUUUCACCGUGUCAUGGUACCACGACGGGGAGGAGAUCCAGAGCGGACCCAACUACGAGCUGGCCUUCAGCAACAAUAGCUGCACACUCAAAGUGUCCACGCUGCAGCUGGCCCACUGCGGACUGUAUAAAUGUAAAGCUGUCAACAAGGCCGGAGCCAGCGACACCACGGCGGCCUUGGUCGUAAAAGAACCCCCGUCCUUCGUGGUGCCUCCUCAGCCGGUGGAGGCGAUGCCCGGCUCCGAUGUGACGUUCUCCGCCAUGGUGAAGGGCAGCGCCCCCCUCAGGCUGAAGUGGUUCAGAGGAACCAAGGAGAUCCUAUCUGGACACGGCUGUGACUUCUCCCUGAAGGACAACCAGGUCCUGCUGGAGCUCUGCAGAGUGGACGCGUCUCACAGCGGAGAGUACACCUGUCAGGUGAUCAACGACGCCGGGAAGGAGAGCUGCCCCGUCCACCUCACCAUCAAAGAGCCGGCUUCCUUCUCCAAGAAGCUGAAGGACGUGUCGGUGGAAAAGGGCAAAGCCUUGACGUUGGAGUGCUCGUACUCUGGAUCUCCGAAGAUCACGGUGACGUGGUUCAAGGACGAACAGCAGAUCUUCUCCUCCUACAAGUACAACGUGACCACGACGGAGAGCUCCUGCAUCCUCGAGUGUCUGAGCACCGACGACAAGGAGGCGGCGGGGAGGUACCGGUGCGAGGUCGCCAACGCCGCCGGGAAGGACUCGUGUGAAGCCGCCGUGUCCAUCCUCGAGCCGCCGUACUUCGUGGAGGCCCUGGAGCCCAUGGAGGUGACGACCGGAGACGGCGUGUGCCUCAAGUGUCAGGUGGCGGGAACCCCCGACAUCAAGGUGUCCUGGUUCAAGGCCGACGGCAAAGUCCGGUCCAGCCCCACCUGCCGGUUAGAGUACCUGAAGGGCGUGGCCUGUCUGAAGCUCAGCAAGGCCGCCAAGGCCGACAUCGGGGAGUACACCUGCAAGGCGGAGAACCAGAUAGGCUCCGCCUCCUCCACCUGCAAACUCAACGUUCUAGUGGCCAAGGCUCCGCCCUCCUUCCCCAAGAAGAUCACCAGCCUGCAGCAGACCGAGGGCCAGGCCGUGCGCUUCGAGUGCCGCGUGGCCGGCUCGGCGCCCGUGGACGUGUCGUGGCUGAAGGACGGCGAGCCGCUGAGGCCGGGCGCCGACGUCGCCAUGACGCACGACGACAACACGGCGGCGCUGGAGAUCCUCCACGGGGAGAAGAGCCACUCGGGGGAGUACACCUGCGUGGCCACCAACAGCGUAGGCUCCGCCUCCUGCAGGGCCAAGCUCACGCUGCAAGAACCCAGAUACCCGCCGGUGUUUGACAGGAAGUUGUCGCCCCAGGAGGUGACGGUGGGCGACAGCGUGCAGCUGGAGUGUCACAUGACAGGCUCCGCCCCCAUCAAGGUCACAUGGUCCAAAGACCACAAGGACAUCCGGCCCGGGGGCAACUACCAGGUGAGCUGCGUGGACAACACGGCGCACCUGGUGCUGCUGAGGGCCGACCGCGGGGACACGGGGGGCUACUUCUGCCACGCCCACAACGACGUGGGCAAAGACUGCUGCUCCGCCACCGUCUCCGUCAAAGAGCGUAAGACCCCCCCGGUGUUCACCAAGAGGCCCUCAGAGCGCGUGGAGGACGUGGAGGGCAAGCUGGUGAAGAUGGAGGGCCGGCUCAGCGGCUCUCAGCCCAUGGCGGUCAGCUGGUUCCACGAGGAGGCGGAGCUUGUUAGCUCCGAGCGCUACGACGUUAGCUUCCAGAGCAACGUGGCCGUGCUCUGCAUCAAGAGCAGCCGCCUGGAGGACAGCGGCCGCUACCGCUGCCACGCUGCCAACGAGGCGGGUGCCACUUCCUGUGACAUCGUCAUGGCGAUCUCAGAGGCGAAGAAGCCCCCGGUGUUCGACGUGGCCCUGAAGCCUCUGACGGUGGACGAGGGCGACCGGCUGAGCCUCCGCUGCCACGUGUGUGGCUCGGCGCCGCUGAAGGUCUCGUGGAUGAAGGACAGGAAGGACGUGGCGUCCGGCGGCAGCACCAAGAUCAGCUUCUCCGACGGGACGGCCUGCCUGGAGAUAAGCUCCGCCUCCCGACACGACGCCGGGGACUACCUGUGCAAGGCCUGCAAUGAGGCCGGCAGCGAGUUCUGCAAGGCCAAGGUCACCGUCAAGGAGAAACCCGGAGUAGCUCCGCCUCCUGCUGAAAAUCUGUCGCCACCUUCAUCGCCAAAGUGGGCGGCGACCCGAUCCCCAGCGUGA